AAAGUGACUGUGAUACAUCCAGCUACAGACAAGCACAUUGACAAGUACACUGCUCAAGAAUCAAUUUUGGUGAACGAAACACCGAAACUUUACUCAGAAGUUCUUCUGGAACAUCUCAAAGAAUCUUCCAUGAAUAUUCAGUGGGUCUACAACAUCCUGGAGCACCGCAGCGAGGCGGAGCGGAUCGUCUGCGAGGACAUCGCCCCGGAGACGGGCUUCGUCCUGCUGCCGGACCUUAAGUGGGACGGCCGCACGCUGGAGACCCUGUACCUGGUGGCGAUCGUGCGCCGGCGGGACCUGCGAUCCCUCCGAGACCUGCGGGCCGAGCACCUGCCGCUGCUGAGGAACAUCUGGACCAAGGGCACGGAAGCGAUUAAGGAGAAAUACGGCGUGCCGGCGUGGCAGCUGAGGGUGUACUUCCACUACCAGCCCUCCUACUACCACCUGCACGUGCACUUCACCUCGGUCCGGUUUGACGCUCCAGGCACGCACGUGGGCAAGGCGCACCUACUGCCGUCCGUGAUCAGCAACAUCGAGCUGCCUGCUGCCGACUACUACCAGCGCGCUACGCUCUCCUACUUCGUGCGCUGUGGUGUGGGUGCGCGGGAGGCCGACGCGCCGCCGCCGGCGGACGGUGUGCAGAAGUCUGACUCCCUGCCGGAGGAGCGGUGA